AUGAUCGAAUAUCAGUUGCGUACUUCCGGUUCAACUAAUGUAAACGUUUUAAACAGUAAGAAAAACGUGAACGUUUUAAAGAGCAAAUGGUGCCCGCGGCGAGAAUGGUCGUCACCACCCGACGCGAGGGUUGCGGCGGACGCCGCCCGAAGAGGCGUCCUUUACUCAUCGGUUUUCCUUGGAAGUCCGGGUGAGGCCAGUAACGCGAGUAUCGGUAGCGGGGAGGGGACAGGCGAGGAGGACGACGACACGAACGGAAAGAAAAAUCAAAAAAAGAGAGGCAUAUUUCCCAAAGUAGCCACAAAUAUCCUCAGGGCGUGGCUAUUUCAACACCUAACGCAUCCGUACCCUUCGGAAGAUCAGAAAAAGCAGCUAGCGCAAGACACCGGCCUUACGAUACUGCAAGUUAAUAAUUGGUUUAUUAAUGCGAGGCGGAGGAUAGUACAACCAAUGAUCGACCAGUCCAACCGAGCGGUAUUUUCUCCUCACGCAGGUCCUAGCGGUGCGUAUAGUCCCGACGGUACGAUGGGUUACAUGAUGGGCGAGCAGCAGAUGAUGCACCGACCGCCGGGCGACCCCGCCUUCCACAACCAGUACGCGCAUUACCCUGCAGAGUAUUACGGCCAUCAUCUGUGAGGUUCCCUUCAGUUUGUCACAACGACAAUGGACAUAGAAAUAUGCAACUCUUAAAUGUGAUUAUCUUUGUACAAAGUGUAUAUGUAGUGCUACGGUGUUUAGUUGAAACAAAAGACGGCAAGGACUUGUACAAAAGUAUUAAAACUAAUCGUGCUGACUGCUGUAAAUAGAUAGUGGUGAGAUGCGUGGGAUACCCCGAAGAGGUUCCCCGGGCCGAAUAAUGUAUAACAAUUGUAUACUAUACCGUUAAGCAAACAAAAGGAUAUCCGCAAACGUGUUAAGUGAUGUGGUAUCGUAGCUUAGGUUCCUUGAUGUGUUACCUUUUAACAUCCUCGUCCUAGUCCCCAAUGGAAAUUGUCCCCGGUCCUAUUAGGAAAAAAAAACGAUCAGCCGCUCUACCCGUCCCCUCUAAACUUUAUCAUCCUCCCCACAUUUCUAGUAAUACUGUAACUACGCGGAGUCGACAAGCUUGUUCAUCAUAUGCAAGUUCACCUUCGCAGCAACUCGAUUUUCAAAAGAUUACCGCCGUUUUGUUUGUACACAGCAGGCGUGUCGACUCCAUCGACGACUCACCAUUGCAGCUUUAUUUGAAACAAUUUCAUGUAAAAAAAAAUGUGCGAAACGUACGAGAAAAAGAAUUCAAGGUUGUGCUGUUGUAAAUUUAAUAGUUGUUAUAUCUGUUGUGAUUUUUGUUUUGCUAUUUGAGAUACCUUGGACUCUCUCCUCUGUGUCCCGAUAAUGAUAUACGAUAUACGUAACUAAUGAACCUAGAAAGAUACUAACAGGCGAGACGGCUUCAAUCGAAACCCUCUCGCUACGACUAGACUAAUAAUUCAUAUACACAAGUAUACAGAAUGUCGCAAAAUCCUCAGGUGGUCUACGGAUGAUCGACACUAUCGUACCAACCUACCAGAUGGGUAGAUUGAAGUAAUCAAGACUUACUUUGCAGCAGUUUCGAUGAUUUUGGCACAAAUCUUAAACUUGAAAAAUAAUCUUCGCAUAAACAAAACCACCCAGAUGAUUUUCAAAUACCGGCCCUUAAUUAUUUGUAUUCGGUGGCAAGAAAAUUACAAAGCCAAUCGGCUUGUUGUUAAUGUUGUCCAAAGAAAUUUUCUUAUCACCAGCGUGUGACACUGGCAGCGUCGUCCUUGCUUACCUUGCCAAAUACGCAAAGUAUACGAUUUUAGUGAUGUUAUAGGUUAUUAUUAUUGUAAUUAUUAUAAAUUUAUCGUACACUCAAUUGGCGGGAAAUGGUAAUCAGGGUUGUCGCUCUUUUGUCAUUGAUAUUUUCACUAUGCUUUGUACUAAGAAGUAACACAUCAGUCCUUUUAUCGGAUAAAAAGUGUUGCAUUUUAAAUCUAACUAUAACACUUUUUUUUUAAUAACUCGAAAAUUCAAACUUGCAAAAAAUGCCUUCAACAUCAGGUAUUUCUUGAAAACUAAUGAGAAAUUUUUUAAUGGAUCAACAUAAAGUAAAUCCUUUCACAAAUGAAAAAAUUAUUUGAAAUCUGCCAAAUUUUAAAUCGUGGUCAGUUAGUUAAUUCAGAAUUGCCUUGUAUAUUGAAAUUUGGAAUUACAUACAAUAUUAUUAAAAUGUGAUUUUUUACCACGAAUGAUGCAUAAUGCAUUUUGCAUUAUUUUACAUUUGUUCAUCCUAGGUUAGCUAAAAACGUUUAAAUACUAAAUUAAAUUGAAAAAAUAGUUGAAAAUAUCGUAAUUUUUGUUUUAAAAAUUUUGACCUGAGUGUUCAUUUCAAUAUCACUCCAGUAAUUUUGCUAUUAAGUAUCCGGAAUUUCGUUUAAAAUCAGUUAAAUAAUAAUAAAAGGAAAAUGGGCAUCUUGAACAAAAUCCCUAUAGUCUUCUCUUCCACAUGAGCACCUGUUUUUUAUAUCACUUGUCACAUACACACUGUAAUUUGGGGACCUAAUUUUAAAAAUUCACAGUUGCUGAAAUUAAAUUUAUUUGAGUUCACUUGAGUUCCGAAAUUAAAUUAGGUCAUAUAUAUUAUAAACCCAAAUACUCUUCACCGGAUUUUGCCGUUUCUAUUGCUGCUUUUAAAUUUAAUUGUUCAGCAAUUAAUUCUAACUUAAGCCCAAAUUAAAUAAAUACCUCUGAUUGCAGCUAAUCACAUUAUGACGUGAUCUCCAAAUUCAAUGGUUUUGAGUGGUCCACUGUAAUAUAGUGUCAUCGUAAAGAUUUCUUCACCGGGUCCUUCUGAAAAGUCUUAAUUUUAGGAGGGGAUCUUCUUCUUUUAUGUGAUUAGCACACUUAAUUUUUGAGUUAUAACAGUAAAUUAGUAGUUUCUUAAUAAAACUAUGAAAAUUAUUUAAGCACAUCCAGGACACUACGUAAAAUGAACCUCGCAAGGGGGAAGGAGAUCGUCUACAAACGCCCAUGAACGGUACUCAAAGUCAUUGACUAAACGUAAAAUUUCCAGACUUAAAAUGUGACAUUUUGUUUGUUCGACAAUCAGGCAAUGCGAUGUUUUUUUCGUAUUAAUUGUGUUGUUCGCGUAGUUUACGUUUUUCUGCGUUACCUUUGUUGAUCGGCCGAGUGAAACGGCAGACCUGUUGCGUAUACCAUUUUACAGGAGACUAUAGUUUUUUAUUUAAUAUACCCCGGUGUAUUGUAUAUAUUGUAAUAAGUAUUUAUGGAUAGGCUACCGUUGUAUGUAUACAAAGCGAUCACUCAUCGAGGGAGGCUUCGCGUUCGUCCCCGUUUCACUCGGCGCAGCGUUUUUAAUUUUUAUUGUAUAUACAAUUUACCUCCGAUAAAAAAAUGUUGGCUGUUCGUUUUAAGUGAUUUCCAUCAUGAAUCAUUAUCGCCUUAUCCAAUGUAUACGAGAAACAAGAAAUAAAUCAAUACAGAUCAUUGAGAGAAUAUCGUACCUCUAUGUUAUAAUAAUGUAUGAGAGGAAACUUUAUUGUGUUCUGCUUUUUAAUGAAAAUUAUAUAUUAAUAUUAUAAACGAUUAUGGGACGAGAUACCUCUAAAUUAAUUUGGUAACGCCGUGUCCUCUGUAUAGUGUUUUUUUGAAACGUGAGCAUUAAAUGCUACAUCUUGU